UUACAAUAUUCUUUAGGCACAAAAAAACGAACACAUCAUUUCAUUUGUUAGAUACAUUUUUAUUUUUAACUUUGGUAUUAAAAUAAUGUUAGGUAGUUAUUAUAAAUAACAUUCAAAACGAAAACACCAUCCUACAGGAACUCUCUUCCUUGCAAAAAAAAUAAAACACUAUUUCCUCCAAAUACACGUAGAGAGAUACAUAUAUACAUAUAGAGAUCAACAAAGAUGGGAAGAUCACCAUGCUGCGAGAAAGCUCACAUGAACAAAGGAGCUUGGACUAAAGAAGAAGAUCAGCUUCUUGUUGAUUACAUCCGUAAACACGGUGAAGGUUGCUGGCGAUCUCUCCCUCGCGCCGCUGGAUUACAAAGAUGUGGUAAGAGUUGUAGAUUGAGAUGGAUGAAUUAUCUAAGACCAGAUCUCAAAAGAGGCAAUUUUACUGAAGAAGAAGAUGAACUCAUCAUCAAGCUCCAUAGCUUGCUCGGUAACAAGUUAGUCUCUUUCUCUCACACUUUUUUAAGAAUAUGAUUAUAUUUGUGAAAGAUUCUGAAACUUUGUGUUGUUGUUAUAGAUGGUCUUUAAUAGCUGGGAGAUUACCAGGAAGAACAGAUAACGAGAUCAAGAACUAUUGGAACACUCAUAUCAAGAGGAAGCUUCUCAGCCGUGGGAUUGAUCCAAACUCUCACCGUCUGAUCAACGAAUCCGUCGUGUCUCCGUCGUCUCUUCAAAACGAUGUCGUUGAGACUAUACAUCUUGAUUUCUCUGGACCGGUUAAACCGGAACCGGUGCGUGAAGAGAUUGGUAUGGUUAAUAAUUGUGAGAGUAGUGGAACGACGUCGGAGAAGGAUUAUGGGAACGAGGAAGAUUGGGUGUUGAAUUUGGAACUCUCUGUUGGACCGAGUUAUCGGUACGAGUCGACUCGGAAAGUGAGUGUUGUUGACUCGGCUGAGUCGACUCGACGGUGGGGUUCCGAGUUGUUUGGAGCUCAUGAGAGUGAUGCGGUGUGUUUGUGUUGUCGGAUUGGGUUGUUUCGUAAUGAGUCGUGUCGGAAUUGUCGGGUUUCUGAUGUUAGAACUCAUUAGAGAGUCAAUCGAGAAUUCUUUAGGAAUCUUUUUAUAUAUUUAGAUCGUCAAUUGUGUUUUUUUUUUGUUCACAUUUGUUAUGUAACAUCAAGUAAGAAACUAGCAUAAUUAUUUGAUGGCAAAGCCAAAAGAUUGUGCUCAAAGAAAUUUAUAAAAACAACAAUUAGGGCAUGUUGUACUUGCAGAUGCUAAAAAACGGUAAUUUUUAUAAAUGUUAUAAUUUCAUAAUCUAGCAAACUAA